GGUAUGUACAGCCUGACAUGUGGAUGCUUGAAAAUCAGCUCCCAUUCUUCAUUCUUGAGGAUCUUUAUCACACAUACAUAAUAACCGACUCUUUUAGGAAUUAUUACGGUACUCAUGAUCAUGAGAGGCUUUCAAUAAUUAAUAUUUCUAAGAAUUUCUUCACAGCUGGAAUAUUGAAUUUGGAAGGGAAGGGAGACAAAUGGAACAGAAUAUCAUCUUCUUCUGGUUCUAUUAAUGUACAACACUUUGUUGAUCUUAUAAGAAUUUUCUAUCUACCAUUGGAAUCAGAAUUAAGAGAUGCAGGGGAGCUCAAAACCUUGAACAUACCUAGCAUCAAAGAGAUGCACCAGGCUGGAGUCAAAAUUAAGGUAGGAUCAAGCAAAAACUUAGUCGACAUACAAUUUGCAAAUGGAACUCUCAUAAUUCCUAAAAUAAUGAUAACUGGUGACAAACUGCGGACCCUGGGAAAUGUCAUUGCCUUUGAACAAUGCCAUUGCAUAGAAGAUAACUACAUAAACGAUUAUGUUAGCAUCAUGGGUCGUUUUGCGAACACCCCGAAGGAUGUGGAGUUGCUUAUUGAGUUCGGAAUUUUUGAAACUGCGGGUACCACCAGCGUGGUGUCAUCUAUGAUUACCAAACUUGCCUCUGAGGCUCUUUUCUUUGUCGAUAGAUUCUGUUACGCGACUCUUUGUGAAGAGCUGAACAACUUCUGCAGAUCGUCCUGGAACAAAUGGAAGGCAAAUUUGAGACAAAAUUAUUUCAACACACCUUGGGCAUCUAUUUAUGUCAUUGCCGCUGUUGUUCUCCUCACACUCACUCUCACUCUCAUACAAACGGUGUGCUCUGUUAUCUCUGCUACUUAACCAUUAAAGGCAGGAACACUUUUGGGAAACUAGUAGUAAUUCGGGUCCUCAUCAAAUAAAGGAUCCGAGGAAAGCCUGUGAACUCAAAUCCUUAAUCUAUGUAUAUCAUGAGAGGAGCUCUUAAAAAUCUAGAUGAUGAAUGUAAUAUUUCUAUUGUUUGUCCAAAUUUUCGGAGUGAAUGAAUUCAAACUGUAUGUUUCAAACUGCGGGUUAUUCCUAUCAAGAUUGUUUCUGAUGAAA